AUGGUUGUUCCAAAAUUGAAAUUCAUUCGAACACUUUGGGGCGCUGAAGCUCAAUUUUCAACAGACAUCAACGUUCUUCUCGCUGAAAUUCAUCGUUUAGGUUACGCAGGCGUCGAAGUGACUCUAAGCGAUAUUCAUCGUAUUUCAGCUAAUGAUCCCGAUGCUUUUCACCGCGCAUUAAAAACUCAUCAACUAGACUUAGUUGGAUUAGCGCAGACAAACUAUCCAACUUAUAAAGAUGGUACUUGGGAAGAUUUACCAAUCGAUCAACAUAUCACGAAUCUUGAUAUUCAUCUGAAGGAGUUUCUGCCGUACAAUCCUAUACAUAUAAAUAUUCAAGGAGGUCAGGAUUCCUGGUCUCGCGAAGAGAAUGAAGAAUUCAUUGAGAAAGCAUUGGAAGUGCAAGCAAAAUAUCCACAAUUGACAGCAUCGCACGAAACACAUCGAACGCGUGUACUCUACAACCCAUUCAUCACUGCACAUCUUAUCAAACGUUUCCCUAAUCUACGUAUCACAGCAGAUUAUUCACAUUUUGUGCUUGUCUGUGAACGUUUAUUAAAUCACGCAACUGAUGAUGAACGUUUUCGAUUGUUUGCUUCGCGUGUGGAUCAUCUACACGCUCGUGUCGGUACUGCUGAACAUCCCCAAAUCAGUAAUCCUCGGGAAUCUCCGAUUGAAUGCGAACAGAUGCAACGCUGGUGGGAGAUGAUAUGGGAUGCGCAAAAAGACCGCGAGUGGAUUACUUUAGUGCCUGAGUACGGACCAGCACCAUAUGCAAUGACGGCUGAUAUUGAUGUUUGGGCUUUGACUAAUCAGGAAAUGGAACGCCAAAAGAAAAACUACUAUGAAUGGGCAAGCAAAAACCAAAAAUAA